AUCAAAGCAUAUGGAGGAGGAGAGGAUGACUUCACCAUGGCAGCAGAUUAAAUGCUCAAGUGAGCCACUGUUUUGUCUACGUCUUCUCUUCUCUAUCUAAUAUAUUUCCCUCUACAUUCCCUUCUUUUCUCUUCUUCCAUUUUAUAUGUUUCUCUUCUUUGGACCAGAAACAAGUCUCAAGAAGAGAAUCUUUUUUUCUAUUAUUUUUUUGGAGCUCAAUGAUCCAUGAAGAAAUGAAGCACAGCGCUUACUUGGAUAUAUGUGAAUGAUAUAGGAAAGUAGACUACUGUUUCCUUUCUGUUAUUUUACCGGCCAUUAGAGACUGGGUUUCUUGAGCUGGUUUCUUGGAUUUCCGGUUUGAAAAUGAUUACAUCCACUUCAUCAAAUAACUUGUUUUCUGUGGCACUACUGCAGUAGCCAAAACCCAGAUCUUUCAUAAGCUCUUGAAAGGGUUCUUUUUGUUUUCAGAACAUAAUACAUAUAUAAUAUGUUUCAUAGGCCCCUAUCUUUUUUUCCUGCGUUUAUUUUGAUAAGGCUGCAAAGCUUUUCGGUGAAAGAAAUUUUUUAUUUUUUUUCGAUACGGCUUUAAAGCUUUUCAGUGAUAAACCAAGUCACCAUUUAUGAGAUUGAAAGUGAAAGCCAAGAAAGCUGCUUCUAUUAUUGGUAGUCUUCCUUCUCUUUUCUUUCUUCUCUCUCCUUCAAAGUGAGUGUUCUGAUGAGAGACCAAUUACUACUGGUCCAGUGGCGGAGGAUUCCUGCAAAUUGAAUCCUUGUGCUUUUUUUUUUUUUUUUUUUUUUUUGUUGAGUCUUCAUUACUACGUAAAAACACCUAUCUUGUGUUCUAGUUAGUGUAAUUCUGUUCCUUUCUGGCAGGACUAACUUUUUUCUUGCACUUUAGUUUCCUUAACCAAACCCACAUAGGUUUGUUCCUUUGCCAUACAAGAAACAAUAUUCUGAGCUGAUCAAUCUGAAUAUUCCAUUUCUAAAGUUGGCUUCUUGUUUUGAAAAAUGGAUCUGAUGUGAAUAGGUGGGGAGUGUAACCGUUUUUGAGCUUAAGACAUGGCUCAGGAGAAAGUGCUAGAGAAGAACCUCAAGAAACAGCUUGCUCUUGCUGUGAGAAGCAUUCAAUGGAGCUAUGCAAUCUUCUGGUCCAUUUCUGCUACACAACCAGGGGUAUUGGAGUGGGGAGAUGGGUACUACAAUGGAGAUAUUAAGACAAGGAAAACAAUUCAAUCCAUAGAGCUUAAUGCGGACCAAUUGGGUUUACAGAGAAGUGAACAACUGAGAGAACUCUAUGAGUCUCUUUCGGCUGGUGAAGGCAGCCCACAAGCUAGGAGACCUUCAGUAGCAUUAUCCCCAGAAGAUCUCACUGAUACAGAGUGGUAUUACUUGGUCUGCAUGUCUUUUGUAUUCAACAUUGGCCAAGGCUUGCCAGGAAGAACCUUAGCAACUGGCCAACCUAUUUGGCUGUGCAAUGCUUAUUAUGCAGAUAGCAAAAUAUUCAGCCGCUCUCUGCUAGCUAAGAGCGCAUCUAUUCAGACUGUAGUAUGCUUUCCAUUCUUGAGAGGUGUGGUCGAGCUAGGGGUGACUGAGAUGGUUUUAGAGGACCCAAGUCUCAUUCAGCAUGUUAAAACUUCGUUCUUGGACAUUAAAUGUCCUACAGUUGCUACAAAUACCAGUACAAGAAGUGACAAAGAACUUGCUGGUGCUGCUUUUGAUCAGGAGGUGCUAGAGGUCAAAUCAAUUCCAGUGGUAGCAUGUGAAGAAUUAGAUGCAGUUUCCCCCAAUGACAGUUCAAAUAAUCAACCGGAAGAGGAUUCAUUUAUGGUUGAAGGGAUAAAUGGAGGAGCUUCUCAAGUGCAAAGUUGGCAGCUAAUGGAUGAUGACUGUGUUCAUUAUUCCUUGAAUUCUAGUGACUGCAUAUCUCAAACCAUUGUAGAUCCUGUAAAGGUUGCUCCUCUUACUAACAACGAAAAGGCCAAUCUGCAAGAUGUUCAAGACUGCAACCACACCAAACUGACUGCACUGGAUCUUCGAAGUGAUGAUUUUCAUUAUCAAAGUGUUCUCUCAUCUCUCUUAAAGACCUCCCAUCCAUUAAUUCUAGGAUCACAUUGUCAAAAUGGUAACAAGGUAUCCAGCUUCGUCAGUUGGAAGAAAGUGGGAUUGGUGCAUUAUCAGAUAUCAAAAGGUGCACCCGCGCAGAAACUAUUGAAGAAGAUACUGUUUGAAGUUCCUCGAAUGCAUGUCAGUGGCUUGCCCGAGUCCCCAGAAGACAACAGCAAUAGAAUUGGAGUUUGGAGACCAGAGGCGGAUGACAUAGGUGCAAACAAUGUAUUACUAGAGAGAAAACGAAGAGAAAAGCUAAAUGAGAGAUUUAUGAUUCUCAAAUCGAUUGUUCCUUCAAGCAACAAGGCGGAUAAAUUAUCUAUCCUAGAUGAGACAAUAGAAUACCUGCAACAGAUGGAAAGAAGAGUUGAAGAGUUGGAAUCAUGCAGGGAUUCAACAGAGUUAGAGGCAAGAACAAGAAGGAAACGCCAAGAUGCCAUAGAGAGAACAUCUGAUAACUAUGGCAGCUACAAAAUUCGUAAUAACAAGAAGCCUCUGGUAAACAAGAGAAAAGCUUGCAACAUUGAUGAAACAGAGCCAGGGAUGGAUUAUGACAUAUCAAAAGAUACUUCAACUGAUAACAUAAUUGUCUGUAUGAACGACAAGGAUGUACUAAUUGAGAUCAAGUGUCCUUGGAGGGAGGGAUUAUUGCUGGAGAUCAUUGAUGCAGCAACUCAGCUGCAUUUAGAUUCUCACUCAGUUCAAUCAUCCACCAUUGAUGGGAUUCUUUCUCUGACAAUCAAAUCUAAGAAGGGAUUAACAGCUUGGUCAGCUAGGGCGAUCAAGCAAGUACUUGAAAGAGUUGCUUCUAAAUGUUGAAGCUUGGACUCACAUGGAUGUCUGGUUAUUUUUGUCAUUGGAAUUUCACUGCUUCUGUUGUAAAAUUAUGUACGAUCACGGUUAUUAGCGCAGAGGAUUUUCCUCCAUGUAGAGUAGCCUAAUAGGCAGAAAUAAACCUGUUUCGAAUGUUGUUAUUUUCUUAAGUGAUCAUGUAUCUAUAGUAUGCACUUCUGCACCUAA